AUGUGUAAGUCUGGAGUCCAAUGUUUGGAAGAAUCCAAGGGUGGAAGUAGUAGUAGUAGUAGUGGUAGUAGUAGUAGUAGUGGUAGUAGUAGUAGUAGUAGUAGUAGUAGUAGUAGUAGUAGUAGUAGUAGUAGUAGUAGUAGUAGUAGUAGUAGUAGUAGUAGUAGUAGUAGUAGUAGUAGUAGUAGUAGUAGUAGUAGUAGUAGUAGUAGUAGUAGUAGUAGUAGUAGUAGUAGUAGUAGUAGUAGUAGUAGUAGUAGUAGUAGUAGUAGUAGUAGUAGUAGUAGUAGUAGUAGUAGUAGUAGUAGUAGUAGUAGUAGUAGUAGUAGUAGUAGUAGUAGUAGUAGUAGUAGUAGUAGUAGUAGUAGUAGUAGUAGUAGUAGUAGUUUAAUAAACGCAGAUGAUAAGAACAAUUCUUUCCUGACUUGGUGA